AUGUCCAGUUUCAGGUUUCUGUCACUUAAUCUGCUUGGAGGCUCUCUGCUGCUGCUGCUGACUGCUGUUUGUGAGGCUCAGGAGUACAGCGACUUCGCACCGACUCCAGACUACGACUCCGACUACAACGCCACCUUCGAAUACAGCUUCUUCAGUAACACCAGCACUGACGACUUGGAAAAGUUCAGCGAACAAUUCAUCGGUAAAGGAGAAGACGAGGGUGAUGAAGGGAAAGAUGACACAGGAGAAGAGAAAGACCAGGAAGUGAGAACUCCGGACGCUGAUCUGGACUGUGUUGAUCCUGAUAUUCAUGAACUCCCAGCAGCUGUGACACGCCCCACUUUGAGCACACACACACACACAGCUGUUGGGGGGGUGGGGGUUGUCGGAUUUGACUGAGUUGGACAAGAAGACUUCAUCCCCGACAGGCAGAGAGGUCCUCCCAUGUCACGAUUUGGCACCCGACGUGGGACCCAACAGAUCUCAGCCAAUCCCAGACCUUUUUGUCAGCAUCUCAAGGUCCUGAGGUUGUUUUCUAAAGAAAAAAAAGAUGAACUUUUAACACAUAUUGAUACAUUUCAGAGGGAUAUUUGUAAUAGUUUUAUUAUCUGAGUGUGGAAAAACCAGGACAUCAUCAAGAUCCUAUCUACAUUGAGAUAUUCUAUCAUAUGCUGGGAAUAUAUGUUUAUUUGGAUGUUUAUUAAUGCCAAAACUGCUGAGUCAGCUUGUGUAGACAUGACUUUCAUAUUUGAAAUGGCAAAGGUGUUUUAAAGGAAGGAAGUAAUGGAAAUUGCAAAUAUAUAUAUUCAAAGAAGGCCUGAUGUUCUUACAGUGUCUGGGUUUUCCACAGAAAUAAUGCUACAGUCCUACUUCCACUAUGACCCAUGAGCUCUAAAAAAGCCUCCCAAAAAGUCUAUCAAAUAUCAUUUCAUUUCAAUCUGUCUCACAAAAGUGGUAAGUAGUUAAUUUUUGGUCCAAAAAAUGUUGUCUCUGAAAAUCUGGUGUUUUAUGGUUUAUACUGAGACACUUUGCUGUGAUUUGAUAAAUAAGAUUUCUUACUGUUGGCCAUAAUAUAUUCCCUUUAAAUGUUCUGUCCAGAUGUUAAAUGAUUUAUAGAGUAGGAAACCAUCUAACAGAAAAUAUGUUUAAUUGCUUGCAAGCACAUCUACAUUUUUUUAGACCAAAGACCUCCUGUUGGAAAUGUGAACUUAGUAACUAAGCUUUUAUACAUAAUCCACUAAUCUUUCCGACCUCCUUUUAUUAACGGAAGCAACUCAUAAAUUAUGAUUCUGUUACAUUUGAGCAUGGCUGGAAUCGGUUGUGAGUGAGCAGAAUCUGUCUGAAAAUCAAGUUAAUAUGAUGUUUAAUUGAAUAAUUUCAGUGUCUACCACAAAUUGUUUAACAAAAUUAAAGAUUUGAGUAUAGAUGGAUUUAAUUUUAUAUCAUAUGUCUCUAUUUCAGUUUAACUUUCAUCCCAGUGCAGCAAUUUUGAAACACUUUUCUUCUCUUGGUCUGCUGUUAGAAAAAUAUAUUCAUUAUAAAAGUAAUACAAAUAAACCAACAAAAUGUAAUACACUUAGCAAAAAUCACCUCAAACAAACAAAGAUCUUUAAAUUCCCUGCUGUAUUUGUAUUGAUUCAAAUUUACAUCUAAAGCUUCACCACUGGUUAUUUCAUUCAGUAACAUCACAAACUUUGUGUAAGCCAAACACCAGCACUUUGCCAACAGCAGCACUUACCAGUGGGCUUUCCCACUAAAUGACUACAUUUUGUAUCUUAAAGCGACGCCCUGUCCAGUUAAAAUGAAACUCUUAUGAACAAAUACAACCUUCAUACCUUCAACCUUUAACAGCCAGAAUAGUAUUUUGGAUUUAGAUAACACUGGUGUAA